AUGGCCGACGCACUAAAAUCAGAAGGCAACAAGGCCUUCUCUGCCAAAGACUACCCAACGGCUAUUGACAAAUUCACCCAGGCUAUUGCGAUCGAGCCCCAGAACCACGUGCUGUAUUCGAACCGCUCGGCUGUCUACGCUGCGCUCUCAGAGUACCAGAAGGCCCUGGAUGAUGCCAAUAAAGCGACUGAGAUCAAGCCCGACUGGGCGAAGGGAUGGAGCCGGAAGGGAGCCGCUGCCCGUGGCUUGGGAGAUCUCCUCUCGGCUCACGAUGCAUACGAGGAGGCGGUAAAGUUGGAGCCCAGCAACAGCCAGUUCAAGGCUAGCUUCAACUCGGUGAAGCGGGCAAUUGAUGCUGAAGCCCAAGCCGACGGUGUUCAAGGAGAUACGUCCGGACUGGGAGGCAUAUUUAAUGACCCACAACUCAUUCAGAAAUUGGCCAGCAACCCCAAGACCUCUGCCUUGCUCGCCGACCACGAAUUCAUGGCAAAACUACAGCGUCUGAGGGAGAACCCAAACAGCAUUGGAUCGGAGUUGGGUGAUCCCAGGUUUCUGCAAGUUAUGAGCGUCCUCCUCGGUAUUGAUAUGCAAUUUGGCGCUCCACCGGGCGGCGCUGGCGGCCCCUCUGGAACCACUGAGGCGGAAGAAGACGUUCCCAUGCCAGAUGUUCGCCCUAAGCCUGCGGCACCCAAGAAAGAGCCCGAGCCUGAGCCCGAGCCUGUACCAGAGGAUGAUGAAAGUAUCGCUAAGAAGAAGGCACAAGAAGCUGGUGAUGCCGAGAAGAAGAUAGGAAAUGAUUACUACAAGAAAAAGCAAUUUGCCGAGGCAAUUGAACACUACCAGAAGGCAUGGGAACUCAACAAGGACGUGACUUAUUUGAACAAUACCGGUGCUGCGAAAUUCGAGAGUGGCGACUACAAGGGAGCUAUCGAGAUCUGCGAAGAGGCAGUCAAGGAGGGCCGUGAGCUACGGGCUGAUUUUAAGACAAUCGCAAAGUCUUUUGCUCGUAUCGGAAGCGCAUACGAAAAGCUAGGCGACCUCACUCAGGCAAUUGAGUAUUACAACCGAUCUCUUACCGAGCACCGCACUGCCGAUGUCCUUACAAAACUCCGCGCUGCUGAGAAGACCAAGGCCCAGGCCGAGAAAGACGCCUAUAUCAGCCCCGAGGAAGCCGAGAAGGCUCGUGAACUCGGCCAGAAGAAAUUCCAAGAGGCAGACUGGCCAGGUGCCGUGGAUGCAUUUACCGAGAUGACCAAGCGGGCUCCUGAAGACCCUCGUGGUUUCUCGAACCGUGCAGCUGCUUUGGUCAAGCUCAUGGCAUUCCCUCAGGCUGUUCAGGACUGCGACGAAGCUAUCAAGCGCGACCCUAGUUUCAUCCGUGCUUAUAUCCGCAAGGCCCAGGCGCUUCUCGCCAUGAAGGAGUACAACAAGGCUCUUGAUUCUUUGACGGAAGCUUCAGAGCAUGAUAGCACGGGCAAGAACGCAAGGGAGAUUGAGCAGCAACAAAACAAGAUCCUGGAGACUCAAUUCAGUGCGCGUGCCGGCGAGACAGAGGAGCAGACAGCCGAGCGUAUUCAGAAAGACCCAGAGAUUAUGUCCAUCCUCCAAGACCCCGUCAUGCAAAGCAUCCUCCAGCAAGCCAAGAGCGACCCCGCGGCUCUGCAGGAGCAUAUGAAGAAUGCUCAAGUGCGCACCCAGAUCCAGAAACUGGUUGCAGCUGGCGUGAUUCGUAUGGGCCGGUAG